UGGCAGCCGCCGCCAUGGCCCGGCUGGUGCUGCAGGGCACACUGCUGUGCAUGCUGCGCGUCGGAUUGAGCACCCUGGACUCCGAGGGCUUCCUGUCCCCUGCGCCUCAUAACUGUCCCUACAAAUGUGUCUGUGCAGCCGACUUCCUGAGCUGCGCCGGCCUGGGGCUGCAGGAUGUGCCGGGCGCGUUACCAGCUGCAGCUGCAGACCUCGACCUGAGCCACAAUGCGCUGCAGCGCCUGCGCCCCGGCUGGUUGGCGCCCCUCUCCCGGCUCCGCGCCCUGCAUUUAAAUCACAACGAGCUGGAUGCGCUAGGUCCGGGAGUUUUCACCAAUGCCAGCGGCCUGCGGCUGCUCGAUUUAUCAUCUAACGCCCUGCGAGCCCUCGGCCGCCACGACCUCGACGGCCUGGGGGAGCUCAAGAUGCUGCUUUUGUUCAAUAACCGCCUGGCGCACUUAGACGAGCAGGCCUUUCACGGCCUGGGCACGCUCAGUCGUCUCUACCUGGGCUGCAAUGAACUUGCGUCCUUCUCGUUCAAUCACCUGCACGGCCUGGGCACGACCCACCUACGUACUCUGGAUCUCUCCUCCAACCACCUAGGACGCAUCCCUGUACCUGACCUGGCUUCCCUGCCAGCCUUUCUCAAGAACGGCCUUUACUUGCACAACAACCCAUUACCCUGUGACUGCCGUCUCUACCACCUGCUGCAGCACUGGCACCAGCGGGGGCUCAGUGCUGUGAGCGACUUCGCCGGUGAGUACACAUGCCUGGCCUUCAAGGUACCCACCUCCCGCGUGCGCUUCUUUGAGCACAGCCGUGUCUUUGAGAACUGCUCAGCUGCCCUGGCUCGGGGCCUAGAGCAGCCUGAAGAACAGCUGCAUGUGCAGGUGGGGCAGUCCCUGAGGCUACACUGCAACACCAGCGCCCCAGCCGUGCGCAUUGCCUGGGUCUCACCGCAGCAGGAGCUGCUUGUGGCUCCAGGAUCUCGCAAUGGCAGCAUCGCAGUGCGGGCUGAUGGCAGCCUGGCCAUCAGCAACGUGCAGCCAUGGCACGAGGGUGUCUUCGUGUGCCUGGCUACUGGACCCCACCUGCAUCACAACCAGACACACGAGUACAACGUGAGUGUGCACUUUCCACACCCUGAGCCUGACACUUUCAACACGGGCUUCACCACGCUGCUGGGCUGCGCCGUGGGCCUGGUGCUCGUGCUGCUCUACCUGUUCGUGCCACCCUGCCCCGGCUGCCGCAGCUGCUACCAUCGCACCUGCCGCUGCCGCCGCUGGCCCCGAACACCCAGCCCACUCCAGGAGCUGAGCGCACAGUCCUCAGUGCUCAGCACCACGCCGCCCGACGCACCGAGACGCAAGGCCAGUGUCCACAAGCACGUGGUCUUUCUGGAACCUGGCAGGAGAAGCCUCAAUGGUCGUGUGCAGCUAGCGGUAGCUGAAGACUUUGAUCUCCACAAUCCCAUGGGCCUGCGGCUCAAGGCUGGCUCUGAGUCUGCCAGCUCCACAGGCUCUGAGGGUCUGGUGAUGACCUAGGCUGCCCAGGGGCCCCACCGAGGCCACUGCCUGCCCGCUGCUUGCCCUGCUCCGUGCUGCUGCCCAGAGAACUGCCAGAUGCUGGUGGGAAGCACUGGGCUUGGUCCUCCAGACUCCUGUGUGGGCCUCGACAUAAAGCACAGCAACACCACUCACUGGUAGAGGGGCUGAAGUCCCCAACUCUCUCCUGCUUCUCCCCAGCAGCACAGGACCAAAACAUCCCAGGACCUAGCAGGGCCUACCUGUGCCCACAUGAGGAUUGGAACCAAGGACCAUCUGGAAGAGCUCUUGCAUUAGAGCCCCAGGUUCACCCACAGGGGCUAAGGCGGCCAUCAAGGAGAGUGGUGGUGAAGAAUUGAAGCAUGACCACCUUCUGCUUCCCAAGGGGACGGGAGUGGCCCACAGGGGAAAAGAAGGAGGACUUCAAAGGAAGACUGAGUCCGCAACCCGAGGGUGGAAAGAGGAAUUACAAGUCCUCCCUCUGGUGAAAUGCGACUCCCCACGCACCAACAUUCAAGCUAUUUGAAGCUUCACGAGUCCAUGCAGUCUGGUGAGAAGGCAACCAGCAGGCAAGGCUCCUCAAGAGACCUCCAGGGGCACCGCAGGCCACUCUGAGGGCAGAGCCUCUCCCAUGGGCUCGCAAGACAAUGGUAAGGGGCACCAGUGGCCUGUUCCCCCAGCUUUUCAGCAGUAAAAAGCCUGCUGAGCGUGGAUAAGAUGGGAGGGCUGAGCCAGAACUUGCUGUCUCCCAAGGGUAGAAUCCUCUUAAGGGCUGGCACUGGUAUCAGCCUAAUGGCUGAAGCAGUGCCCUGGCUUCAUAUGCAUCUCACCACUCCCACUGCAGGGAGGCAGGGAAGCGGGGACUGGAAACCCCUCCUGAGUGAGGGCUGAGCUGGGGGGCCAACAAGUGUCCUGGAUCCAGCUAUCAUGGAAUUUCUUAAUAAAGGUAGUACAUGCUCGUCGUCGGAGCCUUCACAGACA